UUUCAUGGAAAAAAUUAUCCACUCUGAUAUUUACAUCCUAAUAUCCCACUUUAUUGUGUUGAGAUAUUAAUUGGAAAAAGAAACAAAAAUGAUAAAUUUUGGGUUCCAAUUGUUUUUACACGAAUGAAUGAAGAUAAAACAGAGAUUUACAUGCCGGAGAAGUCACAACUCACACCUUCUUUUAUCCUUUUCAAUUGCAGAGCUGAGAUGUCUUCAAAUUGGGUAGCAGCUGAAGAAACUCGGUUUAAUUCUUAUUCACAGUGACGCUUUGGCCCUUCUGUGAUCUUGGGAUGCUGGAAGAUAAAGGUUGGGAAGAUCCUCGUUCCGUUAAUAGCCCUAGGAGGAUCUUGAGUUUCUCCAAAAAUAGGACGACCACUGUAUUCUUUCCAGAUUCAGAUGACAGAGGUUCAGGAUUUGGUGUUUCUGGAGAUCAAGGACCCAAGACUUCUGAAGUUUAUGGAUUCGUUGGCUCCAUUACUACUGUUGUUGCUACAGUUCUUUUCCUGGUGUGGGCAUAUCUUCCAGAAAAUUGGUUGCAUUCUUUGGGUAUUGUUUACUAUCCGAGCAGGUACUGGGCAUUAGCUGUGCCAGCUUAUGCGAUGAUGACUAUAGUACUAGCUGUAGGAUUUUACAUUGGUCUCAACUUCUUGUCUUCCCCUCCUCCAACUUCUUUCAGCAUGAUAUAUGAUGAAUUCACGAGAGAACCAUUGAGCAAUGACCCUUCAUUAGACGACCAUGAGCAACCUAUAGAGCCUAUAUCUGAUAUUCGGAUUGAUCAAAUUAAUAACCUCAUGUUCAAUCCAAAAUGACAAAAGAUUCUCCUGUGCUGUUAUUUUCCUUGGGUAGAUUAUAUUAGUUUCAUUUCCGUCAUGUAUCUUUGAAUCCACCCAAUUCAGGUACUUAGAUAUUAAAUGUAAUUUGGAUGUGGCAUGUCACUAGCAGAUAUGAGUUUGAUUCUGGUGAAGCUGUUACAGAAUGCAUCAACGACACCUCUUCAGUGACAACCUGCUCGUUCAGGGAUUUUUUUCUUAGCUUCAGCCCAUGGCAUUGAUACUCACAGGGUAGUAACUAUGUGAUUGUUUGGGUGAAAAUUGGAGGUUUGAAGUUAAACAUGGUUUCCUUGUUAUGUAGGAAGUUGAAGAGGAUACUCAUAGUGGCUCCUGUCAUGGCACUCUGAUUGUAAGCCUUUCUGACAUCCAUGUAUUGAGACUUAGAGGUACUCAUUUGCUUUCCUCCAGAUAAUUCGUGAAAAUAGAUAUUUAGAUACUUCUUUCUCUCUUGAUAAGGUGGACAGCAAGAGUAGAUACUACUAAUAGAUCAAUUGACUAGCCCCCUCCUAACCCCCUGCAUCUUUUGGACAAAAUGUGCUGCGAGUUAGUUUCAUGUGCCUAUUGUCAUUAGCGGCAUGAGUUCAGUCAAAAGAUGGAAAAUAGUCUUUAAUUUGUAUGCUGUUGCGUGUUCAUUUUGAUUCUUUUUUAUGUUUGCUCAUCUCAUUUGUAAGUUCCUGGACACUUGACGGUUUAAGAUCUCAAAUUCCUGUGAGACUGGCACAGAGGUCAAAUGACUUGAGUUCUCUUGCUCGAAGAAUAGAAUUCUUGUUCGGAGAAUGAUUUUUUGCUGAUAUUAUUGCCCGUAUCCGAUACUGGGUCAUUCAUAGCAUUUGUAUAACUUCACUAUCAUUUGCGGAUUGCUUUGCCGAAAGCCAAAUUCUGAAACAGGACGCAGCCACGGCAAUGCAUGUUACAUUAACUUUAAAGACGGAUUGUUGUUAGCCAAUGCUGACAAGCAGGAAGUAUAAACACACUAAAAACAUCCAUUGUCAAAACCUUUUGGAAUGUAAUGUAUUAGCACAAGCUUUUGCCGAGUUUCGUAAGAGUCCCUUAUUAUAUAAUGGAAGAGCUGAGGAUCUUGCAACUUGAAGAAAACUAAAUAAAGGAUACUUGAAUCUGAAAAAGAAUGCUUCAAGUGAUUGAGCCAACCAGUGACAGAAAAGCACCAGCUAAAUUUUCGUUUUUCCCCCUCCUAAAGUGAUCUCUCUCUACAUAUAUCUUACAAUUAGUACACA